UUGGGGGCGUAACCCCGGAAGUUAUUGCCCGGCGCCGGUAGCGGCAGGAUGGCGAGCUGAGGCCUUGGGAGCCCCAAGCUGGUGGAGAGGCUGAAGGGUUCCUGGGACCAAGGAAGAGGAAGGACAGUGGAGGACAGGUUGCUGCCCCACCCUCUGGCUUGGAUGCAGCGGCUUGGUAAUAAGACCUGCCUCCCUCUCCGUUAUGUCAUUUCCUCUUCCAAGGAACUUUUUGUUUGUUUUAUAAAGCAAUGGGAAAUCCAGAAAACAUAGAAGAUGCUUACGUUGCGGUUAUCCGUCCAAAGAAUACUGCCAGUCUCAACUCCCGGGAGUAUAGAGCUAAAUCCUAUGAAAUUUUAUUGCAUGAAGUUCCCAUUGAAGGACAGAAAAAAAAGAGAAAGAAAGUUUUGCUGGAAACUAAACUUGAAGGCAACAGUGAAAUAGCACAAGGGAUAUUGGACUAUGUAGUAGAAACUACCAAACCAAUUUCCCCUGCAAACCAGGGCAUCAAAGGGAAACGAGUGGUGCUGAUGAAGAAGUUUCCUCUGGAUGGAGAGAAGACAGGCAGAGAAGCAGCACUAUUUAUUGUUCCAUCAGUUGUCAAAGACAAUACUAAAUAUGCAUAUACUCCCGGAUGCCCAAUUUUUUACUGCUUACAAGAUAUUAUGAGAGUUUGUAGUGAAUCCAGUACUCACUUUGCAACACUUACAGCAAGGAUGUUAAUAGCCUUGGAUAAGUGGUUAGAUGAACGUCAUGCACAGUCUCACUUUAUUCCAGCUUUAUUCCGACCUUCUCCCCUUGAACGGAUAAAGACUAAUGUCAUAAACCCUGCGUAUGCCGCUGAAUUAGGCCAGAUAGAAAACUCACUACAUAUGGGCUAUAGUGCACUAGAAAUAAAGAGUAAAAUGUUAGCCCUAGAGAAAGCGGACACCUGCAUUUACAACCCUUUGUUUGGAUCAGAUCUUCAGUAUACAAAUCGGGUAGAUAAAGUGGUAAUAAAUCCAUACUUUGGCCUCGGAGCUCCAGACUACUCAAAAAUACAAAUUCCCAAACAGGAAAAAUGGCAGCGAAGCAUGAGCAGUGUUGUGGAAGACAAAGAACGACAGUGGGUUGAUGACUUUCCUUUACAUCGAAAUGCCUGUGAAGGAGAUCCAGAAUUACUAAGCCAUCUUCUCGAUAAAGGAUUUUCAGUCAACCAACUAGACAAUGACCACUGGGCACCUAUUCAUUAUGCAUGCUGGUAUGGAAAGGUUGAGGCCACUCGCAUAUUAUUAGUCAAAGGAAAGUGCAAUCCAAACCUUUUAAAUGGCCAACUCAGCUCACCGCUUCAUUUUGCUGCUGGAGGGGGACAUGCUGAAAUAGUACAGAUCCUCCUAACUCACCCAGACAUUGACAGACACAUAACAGACCAACAAGGAAGAUCCCCAUUAAAUGUUUGUGAAGAAAACAAACAAAAUAACUGGGAAGAAGCUGCAAAAUUAUUGAAAGAAGCCAUUAACAAGCCAGUAAGUACUAUCUGAAUAGUUAGAGCCAAUGUCUUACUUAAAUUGAUAGUUUACAAAAGACCCUAGGUUCAUUCCCUUUACUAAAAAGAUUAAUUCAUAUAUAAUCUCAUAUGACAAAUGUAAUUGAAAAACAUAUCAUUAGACUUUUGGCAUUGUGCAAACAUCAUGGAAUAUAUUUGGACAACAUCCAUGGUAUAACCUGCUAUAUAAACCUAGGCUAUCUGGCAUAUAGUAUGAUAUGUGCGAUGCCCGUAGAUGUUUGGUUCUGUCAUUAAAUAAAAUAUUAAGUUAUGAGUGAUUGUACUUAAUGUGUUUAUUAUAAAUAGUUCUGCUCAUUGAUAUAUAUUCCCCCAACCAACAUUUAUAUUUAUAAACAGUAGCAUUAUAUGCCAUUCAUUAAUAAUUUUCAGCAAGUUUGAUAUAUAAGAAACUCAUUUUCCUUCUCACAAAAGUGAAAUAGAUGAUUUUCUAGGUUUGUGAAAGAGGUAGGUGUGUGUGUGUGUGUAUGUGUGUGUGUGUGUGUUUAUGAACAUAUGGAGACCAGAGGAUAUCACUUGUCGCUUUAUUUUUUUGAGAAAGGGUCUCACUAAACCUAAAGCCCACCAUUUUGUCUAGCUUCCAGGAUCUUCCUCUCUUACUCCUCUGCCUAACCAACUCAGGAAUUACAGACACAAGUAGCCAUUCCCAGCUUUUAUGUUGGUGCUGAGAGGUUAAACUCAGAUCUUCUUACAUUCACAGCAAAUGCUUCACUGAGUCAUAUUCCUAGCCCUUUCCUGCUUUUUUAUUUAGCUAAUUAAACAGAGAAAUCCUUAUAUUACCCUUCACUGUCAUUCAGUUUCUGAUGAUACAGUUAGGUAUCAUUUUCUGGCCAAACUUAUAUUGUGAACGUGAUCAAGAAUAUCACAUACUUGAAAUUCAAAAUUAAUUAUUUU